AUGACGAUAACCAUGCUGUUGUCAAUUGGUAUAGGCCUGUAUUUUCGGUUCAGUGGUGGGAAGCAGAAAACGAAUGAGGAAUAUCUAAUGGCGAAUCGAAAUAUGUCAAUACUGCCUGUAGCCGUUUCGUUGAUGGCAUCAUUUGUAUCAGCAAUAACGCUAUUGGGGAUAUCAGCUGAGAAUUACUACUACGGGAUGCAGUUUGUAGUUAUAAACAUAUCCUACUUCCUCGCCACUCCUGUAGCGUCAAGAUAUUACUUGCCAGUAUUCUUCGGCCUACAGAAGACGAGCACAUACGAAUACUUGGAGAUGAGGUUCGGUCCGCGGAUACGGAUGUUGGCAUCGUUGACUUACACCUUACAAAUGAUUUUGUACAACGGAAUCGUGUUAUAUGCACCCUCCAUUGUCCUAGAAUCGGUGACUGGUAUGGACCGUGUGAUUUCCAUAUUGGUCGUGGGAUUGGUAUGCACGUUUUACUCCACGAUCGGUGGUAUGAAAGCGGUCCUCUUCACGGAUCUGCUGCAGUCUUUUCUCAUGUUCGCAUCUGUGGUUAGCGUUCUGAUAUUCGCUUCGAUACAAGUCGGUGGCUUUGGAAACAUAUUCGCUAUAGCCAAGGAAGGCGGGCGAUUAGAUUUUUCGCAUGUGACAUUGGACCCAACGGAAAGGCACACUUGGUGGUCUUUAAUUAUUGGCGGCUUCAUUAUGUAUCUGUCCUUAUAUGCCGUCAAUCAUACACAGGUACAACGACUAUUAACAGUCAGCACGUUAUCCCGUUCUCAACAAUGCAUGUGGUGGAGCUGGCCCGUGCUAUCUGUCCUCAGUAUAGUUACUUGCGUCAGUGGACUGGCCAUCUACGCAGUGUAUAAGGACUGUGAUCCGUACGCCUCUGGACAAAUAGUCGCGAUAGAUCAGCUGAUGCCGUACUACGUGGUGGAUGCGAUGCGAUCGGUGCCUGGUCUCGCUGGUCUGUUCGUAGCUGGUAUCUUCAGUGCAUCUCUAUCAACUAUAUCCGCCUCCUGCAAUGCCCUUGCUGCUGUCACACUAACUGAUUAUGUUAGCAGGUGGUGUAACAUCAACGAGCUAUACGUACCCUGGGUGACUAAAAUAGCGGCGUGUGGUUAUGGUUUGUUGUUCCUAGCUCUGGCCUUCUUGGCGGAAUACUUGGGGGGAGUACUUCAAGCCGCUUUCACAAUAUUCAGCGCUGUGGGUGGUCCACUCUUCGGUGUCUUUACUUUGGGGAUGUUCACAACGUAUGCUACAGAGAUGGGUGUAUCAGUUGCUUUAUUGAGUGGCAUGUCUCUCACGCUUUGGAUGAACUUCGGCGGCCCUCGUCCACCGCUGGUGAAGCUCCCAAUAAGCGUUACAAGUUGUGCGAUGAACGUCACCCUGGCACCGACACCAGCUGUUCAUCCCGAUGACUAUUUCUACCUUUACCGAAUCUCCUAUAUGUGGUCAAGUCCGAUUGGCUUCGUAUGGGUUCUUGUUGUGGGCUCAAUAAUAUCUCUUGUGUGGCGUCAAAUGCAGCCCUGGGAGCGAGCAGGCAAGCUGCACCCCGACCCUCAGCUGUUCACCCCACCUUUAGCUAGAUGGCUCCGAGCUAAAUACAGAGAGGAACAGAGCGUUCAGCUGAAUCUCAUUAAGAAAAGUGGAAAGUAG